AUGCCCGACGCACAAACCUAUUCCCCUUCGGGGCGCAGCAUCUCCAUAUGUAUCCGCCUCGGCAAAGGCUCCCUCAUCACCCUCAUAGGCACGUACUGCCAAGACAUUCCCACUGCUCACCGCGAAGAGACCAACCUGGAAUGGCAAUGGCUCACCCAAGCUGCCGCACACACCACAGAACCACAUCACUUUGUGGUCAUGGGGGGAGAUUUCAAUACAUAUGGCACCAAUCCCCUCGACCGCUCUGCUCCAACACCCCGGUCUAGCUCCAGCACUGACAUGGGCACUGCUUUCCAGCACUGGCUGGAACGCAUUGGGCUAUCAUCUACCUUCCGCUACCGACACCCCAGCCUCCAAAGACAUACCUACACUCUCAACAACACUGCCGUAGCCCUGGACGACAUAUACAUCACAUCACGCACUGCCCACAAAUUGGAGGCCAGUGGCAUCUGGCUUAACACUAUACACUCCAGUGAUCAUGCGGGCACCCCCUUUAUGACCCUUAAUCUCUGCCCUGGCGACCACACGCCCUCACGCCUCUCUGGGGCAAACCCAUCAGGGUCGUCAACACACGACAUCUUACAAAGGACGAAAUCUCCACGUUUGGCACACACACCUCUAAUCUACUCCUCGCCGGCCAACUUCCCCCCCUGCUCCCGCCCCCCCCCACAUGCGGCCACGACAUGGACACCGCAAGCCACCACCGAAUGGCUUGAAGGGGCAGUACAAAACCUCUACGAUAUCCUAUACACCAGCGCCAAACUCAAGUGGGGGGAAACCAGCCAAACCCGCAAGGCCCUCAACAGGGCAGUGGUAAUACAACGCACAAACCGGUGCACCGCGCAGCUCCGACACCUGCUUCGACUCCACGAAGCUUGCACCCUUACAGGGACUGAAUACCGUCGUCUCGCCCAUAUGAAAUCCCAUGCUACUCCCGACCACAUGGUGGCACCGGCCGGGCGCCAUCGCGGUGGGAGACUGGUGGACCACCAUGCCCUCAGCACAGGAUACCACCCACGCUUGGGACCGUUGGCUCCGGCAGGGCAUAGCACGCUGGGCCAACGUAUGCCGCAAACGGCGGGACUGGCGUACCAUUGCAUCCGCCAAACGCGUGUACAACAACGCACUGCCUGGUUUCAAGGCCGACAAACACCGAAAUUCCUCCGAUCGGCGAUCGGGGCCCCUAUACCGCCCAUCUCCAUCCAAAGUGCCAUAGUACGUACAGACGAUGGCCCCCACGGUACAGCUCCGACCGAGAAGAGGUGGCAGCAGGUCUCCGACAUCUGCUUGAUAACUGGCCCCCCCCCCGCCGAGAAAACCACACGCCCCAGACAUCUCGACUCCGGACUAGCAGCGGGCCGCCAGCACGUACCACACUUUGUCCGCGAAUGGCUCCUCCAUGACAUGGAUCGCCCUGAUGCCGUAGCACCGGCCUUUUAA